CUUCGUCUCGCCAAAUUCAAUCUUAGUGAAAAUAAAAAAGAAUUCGAUCAGUAUAAGGAGAAAGCGCAGAAGAUUCUGCAAGCGAAAGAGAAGCUAGUAGAUUCGUUAAAAGCAGAGCAAAAUACGGGUGACUCUGCUGACUGUCUUGGACAUCCUCUCCAGGCUGAAUUGGAGGAAAUGAGAGUGGAAAGAGAUCUCGCUCGUGCAGACCUGGAAUCCGCUCAACUCAUGGUAUACAAUUUACGGUCAGAGAUAGAAGAAAUGGAGAAUCAGCUCAGAGAGGAGCAGGUAUUGAGGCAUUUGAUUUAG